AUGCUUACUACAGCCCCUGAAAGGGAGUUUGGAAAACCCAGGGCAACAGGAAGAGUUAGACGUGACAGUAUUCAGAGUUAUAAGAUGGAUGCCAACCCCUGUGGACACUGCCUGAUCAUAAACAAUGUCGAUUUUGAGCCUAAGUCGGAGCUGAGUAAGCGCACAGGGUCCAACAUAGACUGUGAAAAACUGGAAAGAAGAUUCAAAUCUCUGAACUUUAUUGUUCUUGUCAAAAGAAACCUGAAACAAAAGCAAAUAAAGCAGGAGCUUUCGGCUUUGUCCAAGAAGGAUCAUUCACAGUAUGACUGCUGUGUGGGGAUCAUGUUAUCACAUGGGACGGAGGUAAGACACAAUCGCUUCCCCGGUGCAGUGCAUGGAGUGGAUGGGCCCAAUGUCCCAGUUCAGCACAUUACCAACUACCUGAAUGGUCAGAACUGUCUUUCCCUACAGGGCAAGCCAAAUAUCUUCUUCAUCCAGGCCUGUGGGGGAGGUGAGAGAGACACAGGCUUUGAGGUGUCUCCUGACGAGGCGAGGCCUUGUAUUGGAGGAACAGGUGACCACACAGACGCAAUGCCUAUGUCCUCCAGCAGUGACUCUCUGAGCACUAAGUCUGAUGAGCCAGACGCAAAGGCCACACUACCCACACCCAGCAACAUACUGGUGUCCUACUCCACCUUCCCAGGUUACGUCUCCUGGAGAGAUACCCAGGCUGGCUCCUGGUAUGUAGAGACACUGGAUAACAUGUUGGAAGAGAAUGCUGCCACCGAUGACCUGGUCACCAUGUUAAUGAUGGUAAACCAUGAAGUUUCAGAAUACACGGCCAACGGCCUCUACAAACAGAUGCCUGGUUCCUUUAACUUUCUACGCAAACUUCUCUACUUCCAAGCCCUGCCCUGCCAGAGACCAAUCGUGUCAUGACAACACAGAGUUUCACUCUCAGGAAAUUGUGUCUUCAUGUGCCCUUUUAAAACAAUUAGAAUUUUCUCUAUCAAUGUUUAUUUGGAUAUGUGAUCAAAGAGUACCAAGAUUGUAAUUUUGUUGACAUUUUUCUAAUGUUCUUUCUUUUCUUGUUUUUACACUCAACAUUUUUGAGAAUGCAAAAUCAUUGUGAAAAUCAAAAAAAUUGCGGUGGAAAAAAAACAAUGGUUUACCUUGAGAAGCUCUCUGCGAAAUAUCAAUCAGGACUGUUGAUGACCUUACUAUUAGCCAGACAAUAAAUGGUAUAUAAUAUGUCAUUUCCAUGUUGAGUGAAUUCGUUUCAGGUGAAUAUUUAGUGAAUGGCUGUGCUGUGCUGUACUUUAGGGUAACAAUGUGAUGUCCAAAAUGUAUUGUGUAAUUGUGUUCUGGUCAUAUUUGUACACUGUUUUUUUAAUGAUUUUAAUUUUGUUUUAAGCUUUAAAGGUUACCGUUGCAACAUUUCUUUGGUAUGGGGGGAUGCCUGUGAGUCAUUGUGGCUUUCAAAUGCAGUAAGCAGGAUUCAGGAGUUUGAUCAUUAUAAAGUAAAUUGAUAUGUUUCGACAUGCAAAGGGAAAUUCCUGAAAGAGAUACUAAAUUCGAAAAUCCACGUCUGGGUCCCUCAAUUCCCACUUCCAGGGGUUGGAAUCCAUUGAUAUUAGAAGUGUUUAAUAUUUUUGGGCUGAUCCUUUUGAUUUAUAUCAUAGAUGUCUGACCACAGCUGUGCAGUACAAUUCCAAUUGACUUGGUCCACAAGCAAGCCAGCUCCAGGGACAACUUGAAGACCAAUCUGUAAUGGUGAAUUAUUUUUUA